AUGCUGAUAUCUCAUCUUCAAACCAUUAAAAGUGCUCUACAAAGAUGGGGAGAUGAAGUAUUGGUAAAAGAGGACAUCAUCAAGGCAUGGAUAUGUUGCCAUGAAGAAAGGAUAAGACUCAUUCAUAAAAGGAACAUCGUCCUGCCACUUGUUCCACCAUCAGGGCUUUGUCGGCUUGAACUUUCUUCAUGCAUCGUCACAGAUGGAGCAUUAGCUGUUUGCCUUGAGGGUCUCACUUCACUCAGAUCUUUGUUCUUAAAAGAGAUCAUGACUUUAACUGCACUUCCGUCACAAGAUGUCCUCCAACAGUUGACAAAGCUUCAGGACUUGCACGUCAACUCUUGCUGGUGCCUUAGAUCACUAGGGGGGUUACGAGCUGCUACUGGUCUUUCAGCAAUUUCAUUAUGGAGCUGCCCUUCUUUAGACUUGGCACAUGGAUCAGUUUUUUUGCCAUUGUCCCUUCGUAAUCUUCACAUAGGGCACUGUGUGGUUGCAUCUGAUUUCUUCUGUAACGACUUGUCGCACCUGAGAGUUCUUUCCAUGGAGUGGUGCAGAAGCUCUUCAUCGUUAUCGAUUGGUCAUUUAACCUCCCUUAUAGGAUUAUCACUACAAAAUUUACAGGACUUGUGCUUUCUUGAAGGCUUGUCUUCGCUGCAACUUGUCGACGUAGAUUUGACAUAUCUCCCGAACGUCAAUAUGAAGUGCAUCUCACAGUUGCGAGUCAACCAUUACCUCUCUGUUAGCAGCUCUGUAAUGCUCAACUACCUGCUGUUAGCUGAAGGUUUUACAGUUCCAGGAAUUCUUGGCCUUGAAGGAUGCAACGAGCGAUCCUUUUCGUUUGAAGAAUCAUCAGAUUUCUCAUCUGUCAACUGCCUGGAAUUUCAAGAUUGUGAAAUCAGCUCCUUGCCACAAAAUCUGAAGUGCUUUUCAUGUCUGAGUACACUCCGAAUUGUUGGAUGCCCCAAUAUAUCAUCUUUACCAGAUUUGCCAUCGUCCCUCAACUACCUAUGGGUGCAGGAUUCUGAACUCUUGAAGAGGAGCUGCCAAUCACCUGAUGGAGAAAGCUGGCCAAAGAUUGAGCAUGUCCGCUCAAAAUAUAUUUAUUAA